AUGGGUGCUCAAAAAGAGAAUGGAGAAGGUGAAUUUGAAGACAAUAUUGAAGAAAAAACAAUCAAUGAAGAAUAUAAAAUAUGGAAAAAAAAUGCACCAUUUCUAUAUAAUCUUGUUAUAACUCAUGCACUUGAAUGGCCUAGUUUAACAACACAAUGGUUACCUCAUGUUCGAACUGAAGAAGGUCGAGAUUUUAGUACACAUCGUUUAAUACUUGGUACACAUACAUCUGAUGAACAAAAUCAUCUUGUUAUAGCUAGUAUACAAUUACCAAAAGAAGAUCUCGAAUUAGAUAGUUCACAUUAUGAUAAUGAAAAAGCUGAAUUUGGUGGUUUUGGUUUAAUUAAUGGUCGUAUUGAAGUUGAUUUAAAAAUAAAUCAUGAAGGUGAAGUUAAUCGUGCACGUUAUAUGCCACAAAAUCCUCAAAUAAUAGCAACAAAAACUCCAUUAUCCGAUGUAUUAAUAUUUAAUAUUGAUACACAUCCAUUAGGAAAAGAACAACCAGGUGAUUGUAAUCCUGAAUUACGUCUUAAAGGUCAUACUCGAGAAGGUUAUGGUUUAUCAUGGAAUUCAAAUGCUAAUGGACAUUUACUUAGUGCUGCUGAUGAUCAUACUGUUUGUUUAUGGAAUAUAAAUAUGCAACCAAAAGAAGGAAAAAAUCUUGAUGCUCUAUCGAUUUAUACUGGACAUUCAAUGGUUGUUGAAGAUGUUGCAUGGCAUUGUACACAUCCAACAAUAUUUGGUUCUGUAGGUGAUGAUCAAAAAUUGAUGGUUUGGGAUACACGAUCAAAUAAUUAUUCAAAAGCAAGUCAUAUUGUUGAUGCACAUGCAGCUGAAGUCAAUUGUAUUGCAUUUAAUCCUUUUUCGGAAUAUAUACUUCUAACUGGUUCAGCUGAUAAGACACUUGCUUUAUGGGAUUUAAGAAAUUUAAAAGUUAAAUUAGCAACAUUUGAAUCUCAUAAAGAUGAAAUAUUUCAAGCACAGUGGUCACCUCAAAAUGAGACUAUUUUUGCAUCAAGUGGUUCAGAUCGACGACUUCAUAUAUGGGAUUUAAGUCGAAUUAAUCAAUCACAAACAGCAACUGAAGCUGAAGAUGGUCCACCUGAAUUAUUGUUUAUUCAUGGUGGACAUGCGGCAAAAAUUUCAGAUUUUUCAUGGAAUCCAAAUGAACCAUUUGUUAUUUGUUCGGUAUCCGAAGAUAAUAUGGCUCAAGUUUGGCAAAUAGCUGAACAUGUAUAUAAUGAUGAUGUUGGUAUUGAAGCUAUGUCUGGUGAUCGAGGAGAAAUUCCUCCACCGACAACAACGGCUAAUUCUGCUACAAAUGGAUCUUAA